CAAGAGAAAUCAAAAGGGGUGGGUAAAGACUGCAGCGAGAAAGCAACCGGAAGGAACUGUGGGAGGGGAGAGGAGCAGCGUGCAGGGCAGGAAGCAGCGAGUGGAGACGCAGCCCAUCCAUCCCUUCCCUUCCCUCUCUCUCUCUCUCUCCCCUCCUCCCUCUUGCUUGCCAUCCACACCAACACCACACCAAAGCCAAGAACCAACUCAUCGGAAGCAGAGACCACAGCGAAAAGGCGAGGAGGGGGAGGGGAAAUCAUGGAGCCGAUUUGCUGUGGAGAUUCGGGCGCGUGAUCCGGUCGGAUCUUGCUUUCCUGAGGGGCGAUGGUGGUGGUGCUGCCUCUGCCUCUGCCUCUGCCGCUGCCGUGAUGUGGCGUGCCAUGGUGGUCGCCUCCUAUGUCCUAUAUCCUCCUCCGCCUGCUCCCCGCUGCUGCCCUCCCCCCGAGAUGCUGCAUUAGCCACCGUUAAGCAACGCCUGCAGCAAGCAAGGAAGAGAGGCUUCCCUGAGCGACUCAAGGAGGAGAGCAAAAGGGAGGCCGGCCGUGCUGGUUGAUUGAUUCGUUCGGUUUCUAGUACUGGCUCUCGUCGUUCCGCGGCCAUGACGGUGGUCGACGCCGAGUCGCGCUUCCACGUUCUCGCGGUGGACGACAGCCUCAUCGACAGGAAGCUCAUCGAGAUGCUGCUUAGGAACUCGUCCUACCAAGUGACCACUGUCGAUUCCGGGAGCAAGGCCUUGGAGCUGCUGGGAUUGAGGGAUGAGGCGGACGACCCAUCAUCGCCUUCUUCCUCCUCCCCUGACCAACAGCAGGAGAUCGAUGUGAAUCUGAUCAUCACUGACUACUGCAUGCCGGGCAUGACAGGGUAUGAUCUGCUGAAGCGGGUGAAGGGGUCCUCCUCAUUGAAGGACAUUCCUGUGGUGAUCAUGUCGUCUGAGAAUGUGCCUGCCCGGAUCAACAGGUGCUUGGAAGAUGGCGCAGAGGAGUUCUUCCUGAAGCCCGUCAAGCUCGCCGACAUGAAGAAGCUCAAGUCUCAUCUCCUGAAAAGGAAGGAGCCCAAGAUGUGCCAGCCGCAGAUACAGCCUGAGCCCGAGCAGAAGCUGGAGCCACCGCCACAGCCGGCGCACAAGCCGGAGGAGGCCGUGGCAGAAGCGACCGCUGACGGAACAGCAGCCAUCAGCGACUGCAACGGCAGCAACAAGAGGAAGGCGGCGGCCAUGGAGCAGCAGCAGGAGGGGCUCACGUCGCCGGAGAGCACCAAGCCAAGGCUGUCCAAUAGCAGCCUGGCAGUGGAGACCUGAAAAGGCAACCGAAUUGAUCAACCAACCAACCAGAACCACCUCCCUACUAAGAAUUUAAUUUUCCUUCUUUCUUCUGCUGUUCUUUUGGAGGGGCUAAUCAUUCAUGGGAUGGAUGGAUGGAUGGAUCAUUAGCUCCUUGGGAGGAAGGGGUGGGGGUUUAGCUCGAAGUGAAAAACAAUUUACGGCAUACUUAUAUAGUAGCUGCUUCGGCCUGCAAAUUUUGUUGUGCUCAGGGACACCCUUGUGUGUUCGUUAGAAAAAGAUGGGAGGGGGUUGGGGGAAAGGAAGUUGUAGAUAAAGGCAGCGCCUUUGGAUGCUCUUGUUUAGGCUAAUUUUAAUUUGAUGAUGGCUUACUAUGCCACUGACUGGCUCAAAGGCUGUGACCUGUGAUGAUGGUUUUGCACAGCACAGUUCGGUGGAUCAA